GAUUCGAGGGAUGAUGGGCCGGCGUUCUGCACUCUUGGCGUGCAAGGAACGAUGGCGUCGGCGUCAGAGAAGAAGAGAUGGCUUCCCCUGGAAGCAAACCCCGAUGUGAUGAACCAGUUCAUUUGGGGUCUUGGGGUCCCGGAGGACGUAGCUGAGUUCAAUGACGUGUAUGGCUUGGACGAGGAGCUCUUGGAGAUGGUCCCGAAGCCUGUGCUCGCCGUGCUGUUUCUUUUCCCUUACUCCAAGGAGGCUGAAGCUGAGAGGAUAUCCAAUCAAGAGAAGGCAUCGGGGAAUGAAAAGAAGAAACCAAGUGAGAAGGUGUACUUCUUGAAACAAACUGUGGGUAAUGCUUGUGGAACAAUUGGUGUUCUUCAUGCUUUAGGAAAUGCAAGUUCACAUAUCAAAUUCAUUGAGGAAUCAUUUUUGGAUAGGUUUUAUAAAUCAACAGCCAGCUUGGAUCCAUUUGAGCGUGCUGCCUUUCUGGAAAAAGACAGAGAAAUGGAGGAUGCACAUUCUGUUGCAGCUACUGCUGGGGACACGGAGGCUUCUUCAGAAGUGGAUGAACACUAUAUUUGCUUUACAUGUAUAGAUGGAGAACUUUAUGAGCUUGAUGGAAUGAAAUCCCAACCUAUAAGUCAUGGUCCUUCAUCGCCUGACAGCUUAUUGCAGGAUGCAGCUAAGGUUAUAAAAGCUCUGAUCUUGAAGAACCCCGACUCAAUGAACUUCAAUGUCAUGGCUCUGUCGAAAAAUUCAGGAUGAUCCAUCUGAUAUCGCACUAAUUUUGCUGUCUACUAUCUAAUCCAGCACCGUAGUCGUCGGAUAUUAUGUUUUGUAGUAGCGGCAGAUUGACGUCACCCCUUACUGAGAUUUUGUA